AUGGAGGACGCCAAGCUGCCUGUCCUGGUCGUUCAGCAAACUACCAAGGCGACGACGAUGGCCCCAAAGCCAAGCGCCGAGCAUCACAGCCCAAGGGUGGCGCCGUUGGCGACGAGGCAGCAGUCGUCGUCCCCUCCACCUCCGCAGCGGGCUAAGCCGUCUCGUCCGCCGCUGGACCCGCCGCCCACCCAGCGAGGAAACCGGACGGGUGCGUGCGCUUCGCGACGCGGAUCAAGAAGCCUGCGGCGUCUGCGCCGACGGACUGCUGCUCGGCGGCGGCCGCCCGCGCCCGCAUUUCCUCCUCGCCACUGGAGGAGGACCCAGAGCUACUGCGGAUGGUGCUGGAGCGCGGCGCGGACGGUGCUCGGCGGCCGGGGUGGUGCCACUCCGUGGCGUCGCUGGACGCCGGUGGACCCGAUCGUCUUCCACCUCCUGGAGCUGGAGCUGCCCGCGGACGAGUCACGGCUGGGUCCCCUCCGACACCGGUGGAACCAGAAGCUGUUGUUCCACCUGGCGCAGGAGCUGCUGGCGGAGGCGGACCUGCUGCUCGGCCUGGACGCACCGACGACGACGGCGGCGAUGCCAUCAGGAGGAGCAACGUUAACAACGGGGGCUACCGCUGCUAGGGAAGGUGUGGAAAAGGGUCCGGAGCUUCCGGUUGGCGGACUGCCGGGUGGUGGGCGACAUCGACGCGCUGGUGCCUGGUGA